UCGGCUGCGGAGACUACCCCGCCUAUCAUCCAUCCAUCCAUUACCUCUACAUUGGUUCAGCUCACCGCUCAACAAUUCCGACCUGUCCGAGUUGCUUCUUACACCCUCUUUACGCUCCACCCAUCCUACUCGAAAAUCCGCUGCCUCCAAUGUGGGUUCAUACCACCCCGCCAGCCGUCUUGGUGGGCGCCGUCGCCUUGUCGCUGCUCACCACCUCGGUCAACGCAAAACCAUUCCCCGUCGAAGACGCUCGCCAGCUUCAGAAUGCAACCGAACUCGAGCGUAGGCAGCAGGUGUGCCCCCAAGGAUCCACAGCCUGCGGAUGGUACGGCCAAAUCUGCUGUACAAGCUCCCAGACCUGCUCCGAAAAUGCCGCCGGCGAAGCUAUUUGCAUAGCAGGAGCAACUGCGGAGAGCAAUGGCGGAAACAAUGGCCAGUGGACCGUCUUCACCUCUUACUACACGGCGACCGAUUUGGUGACCCGUACUUCGGUCUUCAGCAGCUACAUUGGCGGCGCCCCUGCUGGCUCCACCCCCCAGCCAACUGCCAGCUGCGGUGCUUCACAGACUCAGUGCAGCUCCGUCUGCUGUGAUGAAGGAUAUCAUUGUGAUAAACCAGGCGUGUGCAAACCUGGAGCCUCCGGUAUCGUAAACCCAUCUGCGCCGCUGCGUCCUACGAGCUCCACGCUGAUCGUCAUUACAGCCACCGGCUCCCCGACCACUACACUCCCGUUUUCCACCCCCAUCGCGACCGGAGCGGCCGGAGAACCCAUCGAAAUGGAAGGAGGAGGAGGAGGCCUUAGCGGUGGUGCCAUUGCCGGAAUCGUCAUUGGCGUCAUCGUGGGCAUCAUCCUUUUGUUGCUCAUCUGCUUCUACUGCUGCGCAAAGGCUGCCUUCGACAGCGUUCUGGCUCUGAUAGGCUUGGGUGGCAAGCGGAGAAGAAAGCACGAGGAGUCGACGUACAUCGAGGAACAUCAUCAUCACGGUGGAAGCGCCGCCGCCGGCGGUGGUCGCUGGUACGGACAGGGCUCGUCCCGCCCAUCACGUCCACCCAAGGAAAAGAAGGGCGGCAUGGGCAACUUGCUUGGUGUCGGUGCUGGUCUUGCAGGGCUUGCAGCCGUACUCGGCAUGAAGCGAAAGCACGACCAAAGACACGAUGAGAAGAGCAACAUCAGCAGCUCCUACUACUCGUACAGUGAUUAUACAAGUGCCAGCAGCGCAAGCUCUGACGACCGGAGAACGCGCAAUACGCGCCACUCAUCACGUCGCUGA